AUGUCCUCGUCCAUGACUCUCCGGCGUCCUAUCUUCCUGGAAGAUGUUCAACCUCGGCCACGUAUCCUCCGAGGCUGGCAGCGCCUCCGGCACCGACGAGCUAGUUGGCUAGUUGAGUGUCUGGCUGAGUUCUGGGCAGUCUUUGUCUACACCUAUCUCGGUUCUGGGGCUACCGCGGCAUAUAUCACCGGCAAUAUUCUUGGAACGGUCAAUCUGGGAUCAUAUUUCUCGAUUGCUUUAGCCUACGCUGUAGGCGUCGCUUUUAGUCUUAUCAUGGCCACCCCCACCUCAGGCGGGCAUAUCAACUGCGGUGUCACGAUCAAUCUCGUCGUAUUCCAAGGCUUCCCCAAGUUGAAAGCCCUUCGGUAUAUCGCAGCCCAGCUUCUAGGGGGAUAUGUCGCGUGUUUGCUCGUCUACGUACAAUGGUACGAUACCAUCAAGCAAUCCGAAGCCGUGCUUGCUGCAGCUGGUACAUUGGAAUCGACGAUGUUCACGGGCAGCGGACCUGCAGGCAUCCUGACCUUCUUCGCGCCUGCGGGCGCCAAUCUUGGCCGGGUGUUUCUCAACGAACUUGUUACGGACUUCUUCAUUGGGAUGGUCAUUUGGACAGCGAUUGACCCAACAAGCUUUGCUAUGACACCGGCUGUUGCUCCUUGGGCUAUUGGGCUUGGCUUUGGCAUCGCCAUCUGGUGCUUUGGCCCGUGCGGACUCGGCGCCAAUACUGCGCGCGAUGUACCGGGUCGCCUCGCUGCUUUGACCUUGUGGGGUGCUCGGGCGGGCGGUGGUCCCUUUGCAGCGAUUAGCGCUUUGACGAACAUCGUCUCUUAUGGAUGUGCAUACGUGUUCUACGAACUUGUACUCAAGGACUCGAGUAGAGCACUGACAUCGGCGCACAAGGAAGUCAUAGCUGCACGCGUUAUGCAAAAUGAAUAUUUGGAAGGCAGAGACCGAACCGGCGAUGCUUCGCCGAAGCCUUCCUCCUUCUCGGAAAAACAGUCCGAUAGCUGUAGCGAUACCGCAGCGACAUGGGUAUAG